CGCAGCGCACAGUGCUCUGAGUGCCGCACGGAGGGGCGGAUGAAACACUGCGAACAAACUAUCGAGCUUUUCCUGUUGAAGUCGUGGAAAUUACCAGAGAAGCGAGAAAUCACCUUAAGCGCACGGAAAGUUUGUGUAUAAACAUUUUCUUCACAGUGAAGCUUUUCAACAUUUUCCUCCUGCGUUCACCUGUCGAGGACAGAAAACUGAUGGAGUUUAUGUUGGAGAUCAGCUGUUCACUCUGAAGGUACAGGAUGAAAAGAUGGAACAGCUGCUUGUACCACCAGGACCAGAUAGUUUCCGCCGCUUUAGUCGUGAGUCCCUCACUGCUAUUGAGAAACGAAUUGCAGAGGAGAAUGCCAAGAAGCCAAAGGGGGAGAAAAAGAGAAGCAAUGGUGAUAAUGACCUUAAGCCGAGCCGUGACCUGGAGGCGGGCAAAUCCCUCCCUCUUUUGUACGGGGACAUUCCUACAGGACUGGUGUCGACACCACUGGAGGACCUGGAUCCAUACUACAGUAAUCAGAAAACUUUCAUAGUAUUAAACAAAGGGAAGUUCAUCUACCGCUUCAACGCCACUCCUGCCUUGUACCUCCUGAGCCCAUUUAACAUCCUGAGGAGAAUAUCAAUUAAGAUUUUAGUUCACUCAUUGUUCAACGUGGUGAUCAUGUGCACUAUCCUCACCAACUGUGUAUUUAUGACACUGACCAGGCAGCCUGAGUGGGCAAAGAAUGUAGAGUACACAUUUACUGCGAUCUAUACGUUCGAAUCCCUUGUUAAAAUAUUAGCACGAGGGUUUUGUAUAGGAAAGUUCACAUUUCUGAGAGAUCCAUGGAAUUGGCUGGAUUUCUGUGUCAUCGUCAUGGCGUAUGUCACUGAGUUUGUACCCCUAGGCAAUUUUUCAGCUCUUCGCACAUUCAGAGUGCUCAGAGCUUUUAAGGCUAUUUCAGUUAUUCCAGGCCUGAAGACCAUUGUUGGUGCAUUGUUCCAGUCCGUAAAGAAACUGUCCGAUGUGAUGAUCCUCACUGUUUUCUGCUUGAGCGUCUUUGCUCUGAUAGGGUUACAACUGUUUAUGGGGAAUUUAAAGAACAAAUGUGUAUUAAAUACUACUGGAACGGAUGUCAAUUCGAGUAGUUUUUACUACCUUAAAGGCAAACGAGAUCCGCUUCUUUGUGGAAAUGCCAGUGAGGCUGGGCACUGUCCAGAGGGGUAUGAAUGCCGCAAGGUGGGAGACAACCCAGACUAUGGUUACACCAGCUUUGACUCAUUUGGUUGGGCCUUCCUUUCCCUGUUUAGACUGAUGACACAGGAUUACUGGGAAAACCUUUACCAGCAGACACUGCGGGCAGCUGGAAAAACCUACAUGGUGUUUUUUGUGCUGGUGAUCUUCCUCGGCUCCUUCUACCUCAUCAACCUUAUCUUGGCUGUAGUCGCUAUGGCCUAUGAGGAGCAGAGCCAGGCCACCAUAAAGGAGGCCAAAGAGAAAGAGGAGGAGUUUCAGGCCAUGAUGGAGCAGCUGAGACGGCAACAAGAAGAAUCUCUGGCAGCAGCAACAGCAGCUGCUGCAGAGGGAGGGGGGAAGGGUGAAAAUGGCGGUGGCACUGAGAGUUCCUCUGACAUGUCCAAGCUUAGCUCCAAAAGUGCCAAAGAGAGACGAAACAGGCGGAAAAAAAGAAAGGAAGAGGAGGGCAAAGGGGCCGAAGAGAGGUUCCCUAAAUCUGAGUCCCAGGACAGUAUAAAGAAGACUCGCUGCCACUUCUUAGAGGAUGGAAACCUGCUCAAUUAUGACACGAAAUAUACGCCAACACACCAGGCUGACACCACUGACACAGAGUGCAGACAAGGUAGUGGAGGAACCUACCAGGAAGCUAUGGUCUUCCUUGAGAGCCCAGCAGUCAGAGAUAGAGCUUAUAGUGUAAACAGUGUCAUAACAAGCACCAUGGAGGAGCUUGAGGAGUCAAGACAGAAGUGUCAUCCUUGCUGGAACAAUUUUGCCCACAAAUUCCUCAUUUGGGAAUGUUGCCCAUUGUGGAUGGAGAUCAAAAAGGUGGUUAAGAUAAUUGUGAUGGAUCCAUUUUCAGACCUUACUAUAACAAUCUGCAUUGUGCUCAACACACUGUUUAUGGCCAUGGAGCAUCAUCCAAUGUCCCCUAUCUUCAGCAACAUGCUGUUUGUCGGUAAUCUGGUCUUCACUGGCAUUUUCACGACUGAAAUGGUCCUCAAGAUUAUUGCGUUGGACCCGUAUUAUUACUUUCAGGAGAGAUGGAAUAUUUUUGAUUCAAUCAUUGUCACCCUAAGCUUGAUGGAGCUUUGUUUGGCAGAUGUCCAGGGCAUGUCUGUUCUGAGAUCUUUCAGAUUGCUGAGAGUAUUUAAGUUGGCUAAAUCCUGGCCCACUCUGAACACAUUGAUCAAAAUAAUUGGAAACUCAGUAGGAGCUUUGGGCAACCUGACUCUGGUUCUGGCCAUCAUCGUCUUCAUUUUUGCUGUGGUGGGCAUGCAGCUGUUUGGAAAAAACUACAAGGACUGUGUGUGUAAAAUCUCUAAAGACUGCACACUGCCCCGCUGGCAUAUGAAUGACUUCUUCCAUUCAUUCCUCAUUGUGUUCCGAGUGCUUUGUGGAGAGUGGAUAGAGACCAUGUGGGACUGUAUGCAGGUGUCUGGGACGACCAUGUGCAUCAUUGUCUACAUGAUGGUCAUGGUUAUUGGAAACCUUGUGGUGCUGAACCUGUUUCUGGCUCUGCUGCUGAGUUCAUUCAGUGCAGAUAACCUGGCAGCGACAGAUGAUGACAGCGAGAUGAACAACCUGCAGAUCGCUCUUGGACGGAUUCACAGAGGAAUUGCCUUCACAAAGUCUAUGCUUCGAAGCUCCUGCAACAGUGUCUGUCUCAGGGAUAAGGAGAAGAAGCCGGAUGAGGUUUGUGGAGCCCUCGACGAGCUCCACAAACCUCUAGGGCCGAAUGGUGUUCCCAAUCAUACCAUCAAAGAUUUUCCUCGGAGCGGCAACGGGGAAGUGACUGGAGUGGACAAAAAUGGAGACAAGUAUAUAGUGUGCAGCAAAAGUGAUGAUUCUAUAAUGUCUUUCAUCAACAAUCCCAGUCUCACAGUCAGUGUUCCUAUUGCUGUGGGAGAAUCUGACUUUGAAAACCUAAACACAGAGGACUUCAGCAGUGCCUCAUCUGAUGCACCAGGAUGCCACCUGAAUGUAGAUGAUGACGGUCAGCUCAGCUCAUCUGAAGGCAGCACAGUGGAUUUCGGUUCAGCCAGGGACAGAGGAGAGUCCAUCGACUUUGAACUGGAAGAAUUUAUGGAACCUGACGCCUGCUUUGUUGAAUGUUGUGUGCAAAAGUUGCCAUGCUGUCAGGUGAAUGUGGAGGUAGGCUGGUGGAAGAUGUGGUGGACGCUACGGAAAACCUGCUACCGGAUAGUGGAGCACAACUGGUUUGAAAGCUUCAUCAUCUUGAUGAUCCUGCUCAGCAGUGGAGCCUUGGCAUUUGAAGACAUCUAUAUCGAAAAGAGAAAGACCAUUAAAACAGUGUUGGAGUUUGCAGAUAAGAUCUUCACCUACAUCUUCAUUCUGGAGAUGUUACUGAAGUGGGUGGCAUAUGGAUUUGCCAAAUAUUUCACAAAUGCCUGGUGCUGGCUGGACUUCCUCAUUGUUGAUGUUUCACUCGUCAGUCUGGUAGCCAAUGCGAUGGGAUUUUCUGAGCUUGGUGCCAUCAAGUCUCUGAGAACACUGCGAGCACUGAGGCCCCUGAGAGCCCUGUCACGGUUUGAAGGCAUGAGGGUGGUUGUUAACGCAUUACUGGGAGCCAUUCCCUCCAUCUUCAACGUGCUGCUGGUCUGUCUCAUCUUCUGGCUCAUCUUCAGCAUCAUGGGAGUCAACCUUUUUGCGGGGAAGUACUACCGUUGUGUUAAUACCACAACAGAUGAGCUUUUCUCUCCAAAAGAAGUGAACAACAUGACAGAUUGUGUGGGGAAAGAUGCUCGAUGGAAGAACCUCAAAAUUAACUUUGACAAUGUUGGUUUGGGUUACCUUGCACUGUUGCAAGUGGCUACAUUUAAGGGCUGGAUGGAUAUCAUGUACGCUGCUGUGGACUCACGAAAGCUAAAUGAGCAGCCAGACUAUGAGAUCAACCUAAAGAUGUACAUGUAUUUUGUUGUUUUCAUUAUUUUGGGAGCCUUCUUCACACUCAACCUCUUUAUCGGUGUCAUCAUAGACAAUUUCAAUCAGCAAAAGAAAAAGUUUGGAGGCCAAGACAUCUUCAUGACUGAAGAACAAAAGAAAUACUACAAUGCCAUGAAAAAGUUGGGGUCAAAAAAACCACAAAAACCUAUUCCUAGACCAUCAAACAAGCUUCAAGGCUACAUCUUUGACCUCACAACAAAUCAAGCAUUUGAUAUCGCAAUAAUGGUUUUGAUCUGGCUAAAUAUGGUAGCCAUGAUGGUUGAAACAGAUGAUCAAUCACAAGAAAAGACCAAAGUUCUCUACCACAUAAAUGUGAUCUUCAUCAGUGUAUUCACGGGAGAGUGUUUGCUGAAGAUGAUUGCCCUCCGUCAGUACUAUUUUACAAAUGGUUGGAACAUAUUUGACUUCAUCGUAGUCAUUCUGUCAGUCAUUGGGAUGUUUCUCUCUGAGCUGAUUAAGCAAUAUUUUGUCUCACCAACCCUGUUCCGAGUUAUCCGGUUGGCUCGCAUAGGACGCGUCCUCCGUCUCAUUAAAAGUGCCAAAGGAAUCCGCACUCUUUUGUUUGCCUUGAUGAUGUCACUUCCUGCCUUGUUCAACAUCGGUCUCCUACUCUUCUUGGUGAUGUUUAUCUAUGCCAUCUUUGGCAUGUCCAACUUUGCUUACGUCAAGAAGGAAUCAGGCAUUGAUGACCUUUUUAAUUUUGAGACAUUCCCCAACAGCAUGAUCUGUUUGUUCCAGAUCACCACCUCAGCAGGAUGGGAUGGCCUUCUAGCCCCCAUCCUCAACAGAGGACAAGACUGUGACCCUACAUUCGAGCAUCCUGGCAGUACUGUGGUAGGAGACUGUGGAAAUCCUCCUGUGGGAAUUGCCUUCUUUGUGAGCUACAUCAUCAUCUGUUUCCUUAUUGUGGUGAAUAUGUACAUUGCUGUCAUCCUGGAAAACUUUGGUGUGGCCACCGAGGAGAGUGCAGAACCACUGAAUGAGGAUGAUUUUGAAAUGUUUUACGAGGUCUGGGAAAAGUUUGACCCUCACGCAUCCCAGUUCAUGGAAUACAAUAAAUUGUCUGAUUUUGCAGAUGCUCUGGCUUCACCACUGCGUAUACCCAAACCAAACAAGAUUGAAUUGAUCUCUAUGGAUUUACCCAUGGUGAGCGGUGAACGCAUUCACUGCCUGGACAUCCUGUUUGCAUUCACAAAACGUGUUUUAGGUGAGGGUGGGGAGAUGGACAUCCUCAGGGGGCAGAUGGAGGAGCGCUUCAUGGCCUCCAAUCCUUCGAAAGUCUCCUAUGAGCCAAUAACUACGACCCUCCGUCGCAAACAGGAGGACACAUCAGCUGUUGUCAUUCAGAGAGCAUACAGACAGUAUGCAAAGAAACAUAUUGCAAAUAAGCCUUGUGGCACAUCCAAUGAGAACAUUCAGAGCGAUGAGACACUCACUGACAAAGCAGAUGUUGCCACAGACAAGGUCAAUGACAUUUCUAACACAGAGAAAAAUGACCUACCACCUUCUACAGCCUCUCCACCUCCAUGUGCAACAUCAAAUGGGAAAAAUAAAUAUGAAAAAGACAAAAGUGAAAAGGAGGUCGUUGGCAAAGAUGUCAGGGAGCAUGAUAAUUAAAAGAAUCAAGAUGCAACAAAGAAACACUUAAAUGUAUGACAAAAAUGUUUACAACCUUUAAAGGCAACAUCCAGUGGACUCCCUUUCUGAGAAUGAAUUUCAUAUGCCAAAAGUGACCGUGCUUGAGUCUCAAAGAUGGUGCCCAAAACAGAAAAGUGACUGAUAUGCAGGCUGUAUUGGGACCAUUGUGUUUUGGCUGUGUUCAGGACCAAGGAUGCCUUCUGGCUGUUUAUGAGGAUCUAAAAGACUCAUUAAUUAGUUAAUGCUUUAACUUCUAUUGCAGCUAGCUCUGCUUGACAGUGUCUUGAAUUAUUGUUAUAUCAUUGACUGUUGUAUGACCUAACCUUCUUAUUUGUCCAAGCAGUUUUAAUGUUAUUACUUUUCAAAUUUGCAGCUUGGUUAUUUGACUUUUUAUACAUUUUUUUUUUACUCUCAGAAGUUAUUCCUUUAAGGUUAAUCUUUACAAUAGUCAGUGUUGCUUUUACUGAUAGCACUUAAAAUACUCUACAGAUCCAGGGGACAAUGUUAGAGCUGCUGUGGUUAAUUAGAAAUGUAUACCUGCAUGAAUGUUCGUCCGUCAUUAUGCAUGCCAGAGUGUACUAUUUCAUCAGGCUCUCUCCCUGUGCAUAAUGCUUCAUGAUAGUAUGGUUUGUACACAUUACAAACAUAGCCUACAGUUCAAACAAACACACCAAUGUUCAUAAAGUACAUGACAAAAGUAACACUGGGCAGAAAUACUUUGCACAUUCAUUUUUGUUGAAUCAUCACAUCAUUUAGUUCUUCCUCUGUGUGUCACCCAUGGUAACAUUUACUGUAUACUACUUUUAUCAUUUAAUUGUGCUAAAAGCAGAGUCCUGCACUCAAGUGUUGUAAUGAUCAAGACGAAGUCUGUGUUGUUUGCACACUGUUAAUGAUCCUGUUAUAAGUUACCUCACUUUACCCCAAACCUCUGAUAGUUUCUGUAGAUGGAGAUUAUUGCUGAAACAUUGUCUGUAAUGUUGUCCAUUUGUAGGACAGGACCAUCACGAGUCAGUACGUCUGAUGUUUUGAUAUCUCCAAACUAUGACUUUCUUUUUAACAUCUGCUUUUCCACUUUCAUUUUUUUAAGCUGUUUUGAUGAUGAACCACAAUGUAUAUUCUAUAAUGAAUAUAAAAUGAUGUAAUUUAUGGAGUAAAUGAAAUCUUUCUGCUGUAUUCCAGCUGAGAAGUGAAAAAUGUAUGUUUAUGUAAGUGUAUGAAAACGGUUAUAUGGAUGCUAAUUUCUCUCAAUAUGGCCCAUAUGUAAGUACUGGUAACCUUAUAUUUUAUUUCACAGUUGUGACUGGAAAAAAAGGACACUGAUAUUUUGUGUUUGUCUGUGUGGUUUGUAAGCUCUGAUGACAGUUUACCUCAAUCUUUAUCAUGAUAAAUAUCUUAGUUGGAUGACUGAUGGCUCAGAACAUUCUGAACGAUUGUCUAAAGGAUAUGGCAUCACACAUCUCGUGUGCCUGUUGCUGUUUCCUGCUUCUGUUUACAUUUCAUCACAGCAGUUGUGUUCCUUUCAGUUCUUCCCAAAGCUACGAAAUCCACCCGUCUUUGUCACAAUUAUCUGUUUUUCCACGCUAGGAAAAUUAUAAUCCUACUCAUGUGAGCAUAUUUUGCAUGUAUUUUAAAGGUUUAUUACUUACCCUAUACUUUAUACCUAAACAAAGAAUGCUUUGAUCACAUAGAACAUCUUCCAUCAUUCAUAUGCAUAAUGCUUUAAGUGAAGAAAUUAAUUGCAUGCAAGACAUUGCUAUAACCCAUUUCACUGAAAAGCCAAGAGAAUAAAGAUGACAUAAAACUUGA